CAUUAAUCUUACCAACAGAAUUUAAAUUGAUCACUAAUUUUCUUGGUAAAUUAAUUCUUAUCAUUAUUAUUUUAUUAUAAUCUCUAUAGGAAGAGAUUAUUAUAAUUGUUCAUCUCACCGAAUCGACAUAAUUGUCAUGAUUAGAACAAUAAAAGGGCGUAAUGAUUAAGAUGACAAAAUGUAGAUAGAAUCAUUUUCUUAACCGAUAUAUUUGCUUUUCGCAUCACGGAAGCAAAGGAAGUCCAUAGGGAUCCCCGUUGUGGCCUCAGUUCUAGAUUAAUUCAAGCAAAACAAUCAAUAAACCGACAAUAUAUAAGAGCGAUAUUUUCAGUGUCAAGUUCAUUGAUUGUGUUGAUUGUCACUUGAAUAGUAAGAUAGUCAAAUUUUUGUUCCUUCUUAAGUGUUUGAAUUGGAAAAUCGCUUCGAAAAGUGAUCAGAGAAAAACGGAAUCGAAAAUGUUUCCACUUUAUGUUACUUAUUGUUUGUGCUUCUUUUUGACGGGAUUCUUUAAACUGACCGAUGCCCAUGUCCCGACAAAUGGAUCACUUCCAAGCCCAAAGGCUCGACAAUUGGACGAUCUACACCACGAGAGUCCAACAUCUUUAACUCGCCAAUGGCCUGAAGCCUCGUACCUCCUUCCAAACUCAGCGAUGUCCACUCUUCUUCCGAUCGCCAUUUUCAUUGGAAUUGGAAUCAUCUUGUUGAAAUUGUUCAUCUUAAGCCUUUGGAUUUUUGGACGAUCUGGAGCACCACUUGGAGGCUAUGGACUACCAAUGACUCCUUAUAACGCCGGAUAUCCGGGUUAUCAUUCACUUUCUUCAGCCUAUUCAUCCGGCGGGUGGAGAGGUGAUGGAUCAGGAAUAGCGGCAAGAUCCAUGGUCGAUAAAAGUGGCCUACCUUUGUCCCCAUUCAUCGGGAAUAAAUUAUUAUCCUUGGUGUCCAAAGUGACCGAAGCCAUGGAAGGUGCUGAUAAACGUUACAAUGCCAAUGGAUCUAAAUUGUGAACAAUUAACUGAUCAAAAUUCAUUAAUCAUUCUAAUGGUAUUUAUUUAUUCAAUGGGUUACUAAUUAUUCCUACUAAAAUUGUAAUUAGAGUUUUAAAUUUAAAUCAAAUAACAAAAGGUUCUUGAUUUAAAAUAGAUUCAAGUCUUAAUCCAAUAUUUCAUUUUAAAUAUUUAACCAAAUUAAAAUUAACUUUUAAUUACCUU